AUGUACAUUUAUUUAUGGCCACCAAAUUUCGACCUAGCUUCAAAACCACCCGUUCUUGCUCCUCUUCAAUGGAAGAGACGCCCUAGGCCCUAGCCAAAGCAACAAGAAGCAUCAUCUCUUGAUUUUUUUCAACCUCCACGCCAAUCUCGUGCUUCUUUAUCUCCCUGUUUCUCUCUACCUCCCACCGAGAACCCUAAAAACAAGAAAAGAAAAGGCUUAUAUUCCUUUAUACUAGAGUAGAUAGAGUGAGCCAAAACCUAGCUAUGGCUGCCUGUGGAAGUCUCCAACACAUCUUUGAAAAACCAUUACCAGAAAACCCUACACUGCUUGAAUCCCUCUCAUCACGGAACCAAAUCAAGCCUGUAAAACCGAUGGAGCAAUCCUCCUUCACUGAAAUAUUCGAUUUGAACCCGGAAGCCGGAGCAAGUAGACUCAACAAGAAUGACAGCUUGGAGGGCAAAAAGAGCAAAUCAAUAUUGGACUGUGUCUCGAGAAUCACCCCGAAGAAUCAUCAGUACACAGGUUGUCACCAGAAUGGUCAUAACUUUUCUAGAAUGAAUUAUGAGAGCUUGCAACUAUGCACCGAGGGGCUUGGUUUUGAAAGUUCUGAUGAUGUUGAAUACUCGAAGAAUGAUAUAAAUGAAGACUGGCGAUACCAGGAGGAGAAAGUAAGAAUCACAAGGCAUGCAGCAUCAGAUGAUCUCAGCAGACCAAGAUCAGGUAGACGGACAUUUCCUCCGCCGAUUUCCUGUAUUGGAAGGGGUGGAAAGCCUCGGGCUAUCUUCAAGUCUUAUAGGCAUGACGGUAGGUUCGUUCUUAAAGAAGUGAGGCUGCCCACCUUCAAGUUUUUGCAUGCAUGUAGAGAGGACGGGAGAUUGACGCUGCAGUUUGUUCAUCCGAAUGAUGAAACCAUUGAUGAAGCAGAAGAUGAGGUGGAAGUUGAAGAGGACUAUGAACAUGAUGCGCGAGAAGAAUCUGAUGACGAAAAAGGCAACGAUGAUGAUGAUGGAUGAAAAAAAUAAAAGUUGAAAGAAGCAGACAUGAAGCCAAGGACAGUUUAGGUAGGAACACUUUUGCUUGCCAGUAAAAAUAAAAAAUUCAGCUUCUGCUUUUGUGGUCCAGCUACAAACCAGUAGAGAAAAGAGGAGACAAUAACUUGAGAAUCUAUACUAAAAUUCCCUUUUCUGCUCCCUUUCAGAUCAUUUCAAGGAUGGAAAUCCCCCUCCUUUUCACUGUUGUGAGUAUUUUGUUGUACAUCAUCAACCAUCAUCGCAAUAUUGUUUAAUAUUAUAUAAUAAAAAUUACUUUUUAAAA